CAGUUCUCUUCAGUUGAUCUUGUUCCGUGUCUUGUUCGGACUUGAUUGCAACCGAAUCGAACCAGCUGUCGUUCCUUUUGGGAUUUGGUUUACGAGCUUCGAAGAUUUUGGACGAUUUUCGACGGAUAAUAGAUUUCGGUCUUCGUGGCGGAAGACGAGAUGGGAAGGAACCGGUUUGCGAUCGAGGUAGCGGUUGGUGUUUUACUUUCCGCGGGAGGUUGGGGCACAUACCUGAUGAAACUGGCAACAAACGUAUUCCAAUCAGAUCCUGCCGUCCACGUGUGGUCCCGCGUUGCAUCCGUAGAACCCACGGAAGCAGCCACGUUGUUUCGUACGCAUACUCCACAAACCCACAUUGUCUCGUACUCCGGUGGCCAUCAAUUCGACGAUCAAUUCGUCGGAGAUCCAAGAUUGUCUUCGCAUCCCUGUACAACUUUGAUCAGCUCGUCGGGGAUCAAAAGUCCAGCACCAAAAUGCUGCCAGGAGAACACCAAUCCAAGCCCGAAGCUGCGGUCAAGGAAAAUCAAGGAAUUUUGAGAAGAAUCUGCGAUCCGAAAGUUUAAUUGAGUGAAAAAGCUAAUAUUAUUGUGAAAUUUUGUGCGUCUGAAUAAAAAAAAUAAAUAAAAACAAAA